UUCUUUUGAUAUUUUUAAUUUCUCCAAAUUUGGGUGAUUCACUUUCCACAAGUUCCUUUCAUUCUCCAAAUUUUUCAGUUUCAACCGUUUCGCCAUGUCUCUUCUCUCUUCCACACUACGUGUUCCUCUCAUCUUCUCCCAAAACCCUAAACCUUCUUCUCUCUCUUCUCUCCCCUCUCGAAUCUCUCCCUCUCCUCGCUCUCACAGAUUCCCUUCUCUCCGCUUCAUCUCCGCCACCGGCGACAUCGGAGACGCCGAUAUACCAUCCACCGAUAUCUCCGACGAAUGGGGCGAUAAAUCCGAACCCGUACCCGAAGCCAAACCGUCUUUAUCCUCUAAGGUUUCGAGUUCGGUUCCUUCGAAGAACGAGGAUGAAUGGGGAGAAGGAGCGAAAAAUGACGCCGGGAGUUAUAGCGAUGCUGGAAAUGGAACUCCGGCUUUUGCUUCCGAAGCUCCGGUGGAAGAAGGAGGGAAUGAUGAGCUUGAGGGUUUGAAACGUGCUCUUGUUGAUACGGUUUAUGGGACUGAGCUUGGGUUUCGAGCUGGGUCGGAGGUUCGAGCUGAAGUGUCUGAGUUCGUGGCUCAGUUGGAAGCUGCUAACCCUACUCCGGCUCCGGUUGAGGAACCAGAGCUUCUUAAUGGAAAUUGGGUGUUGCUGUACACAGCAUCUUCUGAACUGUUGCCUCUUCUAGCAGCAGGAGCAUUACCUUUGGUGAAGGUGGAUAAAAUCUUGCAAACAAUUGAUACCUAUAGCUCCACUGUUGUGAACUCUGUGACAUUGUCUAGCCCUUUUGCCUCAUCAUCUUUCAGUGCAUCUGCCUCAUUUGAAGUUCGAAGCCCUACAAGAAUACAGGUUACAUUCAAAGAAGGAUCACUACAGCCUCCAGAGAUAAAGUCUAAAAUUGACCUACCAGAAAACAUAAACAUUUUUGGCCAAAAUCUUAGCCUGGGGCCUCUGCAACAAUCUCUUGGUCCUCUGGAGAAUGUGGUUGCAAAUAUAUCACGUGUCAUUUCAGGUCAGUCACCUCUUAAGAUUCCCAUACCUGGUGAGAGGACAAGCUCUUGGCUUCUUACCACAUAUCUUGACAAGGACUUGCGAAUAUCAAGGGGAGAUGGCGGGCUGUUUGUCCUUGCAAGAGAAGGGAGUCCCAUUCUUGAUUAGUAGGAAGUAAUAAUCUUUUCUUUUUUACUUCUUCAAAAAAAAUAUAUAUCUUCUCUUUUUUUAUAUUCGGCCACCCCAUUUCCCUCUGCCCACCCAAAAUGUGAAAGGUAUAUUCAAAAUGUAUCAUUUUUUAUAUUUUCAUGCUGUUUUGUAUUUAAAGGAUGCAGAGCCUAUGUGUUGUAAACCUGUAAUUCUAUUAUAUAUAAAAUGUUUGAAUGAUAUGUUCACCCCCUUAUUAA